AUGGCAGCCAAGGCACUCCAGCAAUACCAGCAACGUCUUCGCGAGGAACGCGCAAAGAGUGUUCUUGCCAUUAAAGCCGUAGAGGAGGCGAAAGAAGAUGAGGAGCUUGAGGCGGAGCUAGAAGUGGGGAUCGAAUCAUCCUCCGCACACCAAGAUGCUACAAACUAUGUGGCUUUUGGCAUGGAAAAUUUGGAAUCUACAACUCCUUAUACUGGUUCUAAAUCUCUUGGUGUAGGGAAUGAAACUUCAAGAUGUAUAAGGAAUAUUCCACCAGCUCACUAUUUGAUGAAAGUUGAGUCGUAUAGCUUGCUAUCAAAGUCGAAGGGAAAAUACGCUAGUUCUUCUUUUGAAGCUGGAGGCUACAAAUGGAGAUUGUCAUUUUAUCCAAAUAGGUUCAAUACUGACAACUACAUAUCUCUGUACUUGACAAUGUGUGAGACGAAUAUUCUUCCUAGUGGUUGGGAAGUUAAUGUUAACUUCACAUUGUUUGUCUAUAAUCAUACACACGACAAUUACUUGACCAUCCAAGGUGCGUAUUUUGAUGUAGCUGUGAGGCGUUUUCAUGAGAUGAAAAAGGAAUGGGGUUUUGAACAAUUAGUGUCACUGGAAACUUUCAAAGAUGUAUCUAAUGGAUAUCUGCUUAAAGACUCGUGCGUAUUUGGGGCUGAAGUUUUUGUCAUAAAUCACACUCUCAACUCCGAAUCUCUUUCUUUAUUUAGACGUGAACGAGUAAGUAAUCCUACUUUCCGUUGGGAGAUAAAGAAGUUUUCUAAGAUGGACAAAUCUUAUUACUUCUCUGAAGUGUUCACUUCUGGAAGAACAAAUUGGUAUGCCAAUAUUCAAAAGAUGUUAGUUUUGCUUUCUACUUUUGGUUCAAAUUCUCUUUUCAACUUUGAUUGUUUUUUGGUUGUUGUAGGUAUUUAA